AUGCUUAUUGCUGGAUACAAUUGCUAUCUUGGCUCAAAAUUUAACACUGCAGUUGACCUGUUUACUCGAGCACUUAAAACAACUACCCGUCCCGGUAAAACACUCCAAAUGAUUGGAUGUUGUCUUUUUAAAAUGGCAAGCAUUUUUGGAAAAUUUCAGACUUCACUUUUUGCGUUUCGAAAAUCAAUUGUUCUUGAUCAGAGCGACAUUGAUGCACUAAUUAAUCUUGCCGUUGUUGCACAAAAACUACAUAAUACCCAGCUAGAAAUGCAUUUGUUGGAGCGAAUUCUGGGAAUGUUUGAGUUGAAUGAUAGCAUUUGGCUCAUAUCUGCCACACACCUAUUGUCUUUGCUCCAGGCAGAAAACCAGUUUGAGCGAACAAUCGAGCUUUAUAGUCUUUGGAAAAAUCAGCAUAGAUCAAUAUCGCAUCGACUACAACAAGAUUAUGCGUUUGCAUUGCUACGAUCUGGUCGAUUCAGUGAAACUAUUCAAACAUGCCAAGAGAUUCUGUUGAUGCAUAAAGCCGAUUGGCAAGUGUGUAUGUAUCUCGGAGAAGCGGCUAUACGUGCCAUUGGUGUAGAGGAUAGAGACUGUGAUGCAUUAUCAAGAAAUUUACCCGAGAUAGCUAUUAAUGCUUUUCGCAAAAGUUUCAAAAUUCUAUCUGCCACAAAAAAUAUUGUUCAAAAUAAGGCUACUGCAGCUGAUGACAGCACACAACAAGUGCAUAGUCGACAAAAUGAAGACUACAAACGAGCUCAAUUGGUGUUUGAUUCAAACAGUCUUGAGACUAUUAGCAUCGAAAAACUACAGUAUUCCAUGGCGCGUGCAAAGUCUAAUCUUGGCGUUGCUUUCUCACAUGCGGGAUGUUUCUUGGCAGCAAUCGGUGCUUUCGAGGACGCGAUUGAGCUCGACCCAGAUGAUAUAGAAACACGAGUGAAUCUGGCACUAUCAUUUCUGCGUUUGGGUAAACGACACAUGGCAAUCAAAGGAUGGCAAGCAUAUUGCAAAUAUCAUCCAUGGAAUGGAUUGUCAAUGGUGGACACUUGUUCAAAACAUUAUGGUUCAGAUUUGUCGUCAUGCAGUCUUGUAGAGGCAGUGAAGCUAUUGGAUCAACUUUCUAAUGUGUAG